CGCACGCGCAGCCCCGCCCCCGCCACGCCCCGUCCGGCGCGCGCCGCCGUGUGACGUAAGCGGAAGGGCACGUCACCGUCCGGCGGAGGCUGAGGCGGCGCCGCCGGGGCAGGAGCUCUCAAUAAAAAAUGUCGUGGAUCAGAGAGGGCGAGCUGACCAUCAUAGAGAGGUUCUGUGCCAACAUCAUCAAGGCAGGCCCAAUGCCCAAGCACGUCGCCUUCAUCAUGGACGGCAAUCGCCGCUACGCCCAGAAGUGCCACGUGGAGAGGCAGCAGGGACACUCCCAAGGCUUUGAUAAGCUGGCACAGACGCUGAGGUGGUGCCUGAACCUGGGCAUCCGGGAGGUGACAGUCUAUGCCUUCAGCAUUGAGAACUUCAAACGCUCCAAGGAGGAGGUGGAUGGGCUCAUGGACCUGGCCAGACAGAAGUUCAGCCGCCUCCUGGAGGAGCAGGAGAACCUGAAGAAGCACGGGGUGUGCAUCCGUGUCCUCGGGGACCUGCCCCUCCUGCCCGUGGAUAUCCAGGAGCUGAUUGCCCAGGCUGUGCUGGCAACCAGGAACUACAACAAGUGCUUUCUGAACGUCUGCUUUGCUUACACAUCGAGACAUGAGAUCAGCAAUGCUGUCAGGGAGAUGGCCUGGGGCGUGGAGCAAGGCCUGCUGGAGCCCAGUGACGUGUCUGAGUCGCUGCUGGAUAAAUGUCUGUACACCAACAACUCCCCCGACCCUGACCUGCUGAUCAGGACCUCUGGGGAGGUUCGCCUCAGUGACUUCUUGCUCUGGCAGACAUCCCAUUCAUGCCUGGUGUUUCAAUCAGUCUUGUGGCCAGAAUAUUCCUUUUGGAACUUGUGUGAAGCUAUCCUUCAGUUCCAGAUGAACUACAGUGCUUUACAGAAGGCCAGAGACUCCUACCUGGAGGAGAGGAGGCGGCAGCAGCUGGAGAGGGACCAGGCGUACGUGAGCAGGAGGCUGCAGCAGGAGGGCUGCCCGUCCCACGGAGACUCGCGGCGCCGGCGCUCGCUGCUGCAGAAGUGCACGGCCCUGAGGGAGGAGAGGAUCCAGGGCUUCCUGCAGGCCCUGGAGCACAAGAGAGCUGACUUCUUGGAGAGACUGUGUCCGGUGUCUGCGUGACACGGGUGCUGCCUCUGGGAGCACGGCCUGCAGGGCGAGCCGUGGCUGCGCCAGGAGCUCCCGUCCCGCUGGCCCUGCCCGGGCAGGGAUGGCUGCUGAGAACUCUCCUGGCCUGUCAGGCUGCUGAGGAAGGUGCUGCCGUCCUGUGUCACCUCCCUGCCCUGGUGACAGAGCCCUGCACCCUGCUGGGCCCUCGGCAGCCCAGGUGCUCCGGUGACAAGAAGUUAACUGCAAUGAGCCUGCCCCAGCUCUCUGAUUGCUCCUGAGCUGGCCCAGCCAGACCAGUUCGGUCCUGUUAAAUCAGUCUGGGCUCAGUUUUUUCCCUGGCUCUGCAGCAGGGAAUCUCCUGUUGAGAUGUGCUCUGCUGUCCCAUCAAGGGAGAGGAUUGUUCUGGUGUCAGGGGCACUCCCCUCUGCCUGCUCACUGAGAGCAUCUUGUCUUUUCCCCCUGACUGCUGGGUGGGAUGUGUCCUCUCCUGGUCUCCAGAGAGCUAAAGGAAGGGUUCCAGCCUUGCUGUAAGGAAAAAAGCUGCCCCAAAGCUUCAGCAGGUUCUGAGAGCUCUAAAGAGGUUGUUGGAGGAAAAGCUCAAGUUCAGCAAGGUCUGGACCUCCACAUGACCAUGGAAGGGCACCCACUGAGCAGGCAGGAAAAAAGGAUUGGCUGGGAAUGAACCUUCUCAGGAAGGGAAUUGGCUAAACAGGUGAUGGCUGCCACAUGCCAGACCCUCUGAGGGAGCUGCAGGGAAUGAGGGAGGGCCUAAUUCAGGAAUACAGUAGCCAAAACCAACCUCUCACCCCAGAUGGUUCAGAGGGGCAGUUUGGCUGAUCCUAAAGGGAGUGGCCAGAGCAGCUGUGGAGUAUUGCUUGUUCUCAGUUUUCCAUUGGCAGGGAGAUGGACAAGCUGAUUUCCGGGGUUGUUUCCAUCUCUCGUUCCUCCUGGUUUCCGUCCCCACGAUCAAAGUCACUGAAAAUGUCUUGAUUUUUGCUCCUGCUGCACACACACGUGUGGCAGUGCCAGCUGUUGCUGGGUUUUGAAGUGUUUCUUCUUACCUCCAGGUGAAAACCACAAAAUGCAGAUUGAACAGCCUUGUAAGUGCUGCACACUGAGCACUUGGCCUGUGAUUGUGAAGAACUGUGUAGUCAAACUGGGAAUAAAGUAUAUUCAUACCAAAGUUAUUUAAAAAAUAACCUGAAUGUUUAAAAGUAUGUGGAGCUGCUUAUUUUAAGGUGUGAUGAAGCUGGAAUCCAGGGUCAAUAUAAUAAUAUUUAAUCUG